AAGAAGACAUUGGCACCACAGAUAAUCCCCAGUCAGACGAUGAUGUUGCCAGCAAUUCGGCACCUCCGCGCGGAGGUGAAUUGAACAGCAACACCGGCACGUCCGAAGUGGACCUGUCCCCCGAGGUGGCAGAACACGAGACGUGGUCAAAUCAAUGCGACUUUUUUCUGUCCAUUUUGGGUUAUGCGGUCGAUUUGGCCAAUGUGUGGCGUUUUCCAUAUGUGUGUUUCACCAAUGGUGGAGGGGCCUUCCUCAUCCCUUAUUUCACAUUAAUGGUGUGCAGUGCAUUGCCCAUGUUCUAUUUGGAACUGAUUCUCGGUCAGAAACAUCGACAUGGUGCGAUCAAACUGUGGGAUAUUUGUCCGGUGUUUCGAGGUAAGUCCCACGUUCAACUACCGUUUUGA